AUGCCCCGUCCGACGAGGCCGUGCCAGCGGUCCUGCCUCCGGUGGCCAGAAUCCACACAUUCUUCCGGCUCGAAAUAUCACCAGACUGGCAAGAAGGAGGACCGCGUCGAGAAUGUCAAAAGUGACGGGAACACGAUUGUCGUUGCGACCUCUGGGGAGUACAUUAGUAUCAACUGGAAUGCAUCUGGGGGUGGUGAUGCCUUCGCCAUUGUCCCCUUACUCCCCCUUCAAUGUGACCACAUUGUCCACGAAAACUGCCUGUCAACCUCCCUUUUGCCCGCGGUCAUACCACCCCCGUUCUCGACACGGACUGGUCCCCAAACGACAGCAUUGUCGUGUCAGGCGAUGAAGAUGGCCAGGUCAUGA